AUGGUACGAUUGCUUGGCAUUGACUUCUCACCGCUCACUGAGCCAUGGGAUAGGAAACUUGAGACAUUAGGCGUUGCCAUAACGUCCGGAAUGCUCUUCCCAAUGAUUGUAGUGUGUAUGGCCUUGCCAUUCAUUCUGCUUCUCUGUGGUCUGUGGUACAUUGUUCUCCUAUAUGUUUUGUGGUAUUUGUAUGACCGAAAAUCGUAUGAAAACGGUGGCUACGAAAACACCUGGAUUAGAGGGUGCAAGUACAACCAAUGGGUCAUGGAUUACUUUCGGUCGGACGUUCAUGUAACCACCUAUUUGCCAGCUGAUCGUAAUUACAUAAUUGGAGCACACCCACAUGGCGUGAUUUGUUUCGGACUGUACGCAGCUUUUGCAAGAGAGUUUGAAGGCAGCAAAACCAGAAAUUUUCCACAUCUUCGCAUUCGUGCUUCCAUAUUGAAUUCAAACUUCAACAUUAUGCUCAGAAGAGAAUGGUUUCUUGCUGGCGGAUUCAUUGGCUGCGACGAGAAAAGCAUCAGGAACGCUCUCUCGGUGAGGGAAGUCGGACAAGCUGUAGUUAUUAUUGUGGGUGGAGUCGAAGAGUCUAUCCUGGCUCGUCCAGGAGAACACAAAAUAAAGCUGCUACACCGGAAAGGAUUCAUAAAAGUGGCUUUCCAUUGUGGUGCUUCAUUGGUUCCCAUGUACACGUUCGGUGAGACUGAAACCUAUAGGCAGCUCGAUAACCCAGAAGGCUCACUGGUACGCAAGUUGCAGAUGCUGCUCAAGCGGGUAUUUGGAACUCCAUUACCAUUUUUCAAUGGAAGAGGACUGUUCCAGGUAACCUUUGGUAGAUAUGCUGUAAGAGAAUGGUUUCUUGCUGGCGGAUUCAUUGGCUGCGACGAGAAAAGCAUCAGGAACGCUCUCUCGGUGAGGGAAGUCGGACAAGCUGUAGUUAUUAUUGUGGGUGGAGUCGAAGAGUCUAUCCUGGCUCGUCCAGGAGAACACAAAAUAAAGCUGCUACACCGGAAAGGAUUCAUAAAAGUGGCUUUCCAUUGUGGUGCUUCAUUGGUUCCCAUGUACACGUUCGGUGAGACUGAAACCUAUAGGCAGCUCGAUAACCCAGAAGGCUCACUGGUACGCAAGUUGCAGAUGCUGCUCAAGCGGGUAUUUGGAACUCCAUUACCAUUUUUCAAUGGAAGAGGACUGUUCCAGGUAACCUUUGGUAGAUAUGCUGUGUGGACAAAAAUGAUGCCUCUAAUGAAUGCUUUAGAUGUAUGCACAUAUUAA